AUGAAUGUGAUGGGUGAUGCACUAUUCACGAAUAUAGCAUGGCCCAUUUCGAAGGUUAGACAGUGUAAUGUACAACUAAUGGAGGAAGAAGUUUAUCGGACUGGAACAGGUUCUACUCUCAAAGGAGCAGAACCAUUGGUUAACAAAGCAGGAGCGGUGCCAUCAGACGGUAAAGGAGCAGAAACAUCUAAAGAUUCAUCACCUAAGAGUGUAACUAACAGCUCCAGAACUAGCGGACAUUUUAUGAAUAAAUGCUUCAUCCUAGACUGCUUUGGAUCAGGAAAAAAGGUGGCAGAAGGCAGAGUAUUAUCAACAACUCCAAAAGACAAAGUCCAUUUCGUUCCAUUGGGACCAAACGCGAGCAAUGUAUGGGUAGAGGUAUGUAUGAUUUAUGAUGCACGCAUAUGGAGACCAACCUCAGAAUUCAAGUUUGUUGCUGAUGCAUUGGGUUCUACAGUUGCUUGGCCUAAUGAUGCAAUUUCUUACAUGUGA